AUGAGCGAGGUUCAGGAGCUAAUGGUAGAACCCGAGAAAACGACUACAAUUGAGGAUGCGCUUAAAAAGGUGUGUAUGGUGUCCAGAACGUACUGCAAACUUAGCAAAGGAACCAAGGAGACGCUCAAGAAGAUCCUUUCUGGACAGAUGAGAUUUGUGAUGCUUGCAAAGGAUGCAGAUCAGAAGAUAAAGACAAUUGUGAUGGAUCUUGCAAGCAAGGCCAAUGUGCCUGUGGUUCUGAUUGAGACCAGGGCUGAUCUUGGAAAGAUUGUUGGUGUUGUUGAGAUCAACGAGGAGGGAAAGAGCAGCGGCGGAAAGGGUUGCUCGGUGGCAGGAGUCCAGGAUUACUGUGAGCAGACUAUGGAAGCAGGGUUUGUGCAAGCAGCGCUACUGACGGGGGUUUUGUCUAAAUAA